AUGUGCGAGCACGAGCUCAUCGGAGACUACUGGCGCGGGUGCCAGCACUUCCACGGCAGGUACUACUCGGGCGAGCGCGUCGACUGCUGCUCGCCGACAUGCAAGACGAGCGCGGCGCACACCCACUUGCCGACGAUCGGCUGCCGCUGCCCGACCAUCGCGACGAACAGGAACAAGGUGCAGAGCAUCUUCCAGAUGAAGCACGAGGACUGCAAGUGA